AGAGAGAGAGAGAGAGAGAGUAUGCAAAGAACGAUGAGAAGAUAGGGACAUAUUUGCUUCGGAAGCAAACAACUUUGCAAGCCAAUUCGCAGUUGUUAGCACCAUAAAUCUACAAUUUUAUUAUUUAUAUAAUUGCAGGACAUGUGGCACCCUCUACUCAUUUGGAGGUUAUGAGAAGUUAUGAAGUUUGGAAAGGUGAUGGAGCACAUGGAGCAUGAAGUGAAGGUUGAAAGAAGUUAUGAAAGAUCAUGGAAGAUCAUGGAGUAUGAAAUGGAGGAGGUGGAAGAGUGGGUAGUUUUUCUAUAUCAUUGUUGUUUGUAAAAAAAUUUGAUGAAAUUUUGAGUCUAUAACAUUGCUCGUGUACUAAAUUAAUUAGGAAUGUGUGUACAUCUCAAGGGUAAAGAUGAUAUAUUGGGGUGUGUAUUGAUUAAACUUUAAAAUUGUUCAGGUGUCAAUUAAGUAAUGGUGUGUCUUGAGAUAAUUAAUGGGGUGUAAAUAGAAGUUCCCUUAGUCAUUGAAUUAACCGACUGACAGAAGGACUGAAUUGUUACAUUAUUUUCAAAUGUAUGAGUGCAUUGGUAUUUCAAUUAUAAAAGAGGGUGGCAGUGAUAUUGCAAGAAAACAAAGGGGUAUGAGUGUAAUUUACCCUUAAUUGAUUGAUAAUAUUGGUAAGGAAAUAUCAAAACCUCAUAUCUUUAGAAAUGGAGAAUUUGACGAACGAAGCUCUUGAAGCUCCUGGAUAUUUUAAAAACUUCCCUGCACUCAAUUGUAUCGAUCUUUCAAGCCCUGACAUUCAUAACUCUGUUUCUUUACUCAAACAGGCAUGUUUGGAUUCUGGGUUUUUCUAUGUGAUCAAUCAUGGAAUCAGCCAGGAAUUUAUGGAUGAGGUUUUUAACCAAAGCAAAAGUUUUUUUGAUCUACCAGUAAGUGAGAAAAUGAAGGUUCUUAGAAACAAGAAACAUCGAGGCUACACUCCCCUUUUCAAUGAACUUUUGGAUCCUGUCAAUCAAAUACAUGAUAUCUUGCCUGGAUGGAGGGAAACUAUGGAGAAAUAUCAUAGAGAGGCACUUGAGGUGGCAAAAGCAAUUUCAAGGAUCAUAGCUCUUGCACUUAACCUCGAGGUUGACUUUUUUGAUAGACAAGAAAUGCUUGGGAAGCCUAUUGCAAACUUGCGUCUGCUACACUAUGAAGGUAGAGUUUCUGAUCCCAUGAAGGGAAUAUACGGAGCAGGUGCACAUUCUGAUUUUGGUUUGAUAACACUCUUGGCAACUGAUGACGUCUUUGGUCUCCAGAUUUGCAAGGAUAAGGAUGCUAAACCUCAGAAGUGGGAAUUUGUAGCACCAUUAAAAGGAGCAUUUAUAGUGAAUCUUGGUGAUAUGCUAGAGCGCUGGAGCAACUGCAUUUUCAGGUCCACGUUGCAUCGAGUGGUGGGUAAUGGUCAGGAGAGAUAUUCGAUUGCGUACUUUGUGGAGCCUAAUCAUGAUUGUCUUGUUGAAUGCUUGCCCCCCUGCCAGUCGCAAGAGAACCCUCCCAAGUUUCCUCCUAUCAAAUGUGAAACUUACAUGCUCCAGCGGUACAAGGAAACUCACGCAGUUCUCGAGUCAUACGAAAAAUGAUACGGCAAACUCUGUUGUCAAUAUUACUGGGAUUUUCGUUUCAAGUGUAGAACACAAAAGUUAGCUCCUUCCUGUCGUGGUUUGUAUAAAAACAGGUUCACUUAGUUGAAUAUUGGGGAAAUAUCAUGUAAUCUUUUUUUGGUUGCAAAUGUAAUGUUGAUAUAUAUGUAAAACAUGUAUGAGAAUAUGCGAAAUAUUUAUUAAAAUUUUAUCUUUUUUUUUUUUUUUUUUGGAUCACUAGCAGGAUUUUAUUUUGUAUGCUACAGUUACAUUUGAAAGAGUUCACCAAGCAAAUAA